UGUUCCCUCCUCCCACGAUCUGUCAGAGCAGCUUGUUGCACGACCAGCUUCUUGGUAAACUAACUUGAGUUCGGCGUUAAAAUCCAAACCAGUUGCCUGACAAAUCGCGUUUCGCGCGGACCGACGAGGAUGUUCGUUUCGAUUAAAAAACAAGCCUUAAUUCCCUUGACUUAACGAGUCAUUUACGGCAGUUUCCAUCGAGCUCUUUUGCUGUCUGCGUGAUUUGUGGUCAAGAAACAGCAGGACAUGGUAACCAGAUCCCGGACAGAAGAAAGUGCCUUCUCUGACGACGUUCCUACUUGAAGCUGCUCGCCGCCCCCAACCUACAUUGGCUUGGCCUCCCAAAAGAUCUCAAUUCCUCAGACUUGCCAAAGCACAAGGAACCAACACGCUCUUUCCAUUCACGCACCGUUAUUAGAUAUCGUUCCAAGGAGAGCCAUUGCCUUCAGGUAGAGUUAUCCACAACCGUUGGCCUCAAGACCAUUUGGAGACCUGGAGCAUGUUCUUAUUGUCGCUCCAGUGUUGUGCACCUGGGACUAAAUGACUGAUGAACGACUUGGCAGAGAUUGACAGCUUCACUAAUAGCGGCCAUCUCCCAUUCGACAGCCAACGGGGGUCUGAAUGUGACAUCUCUAUUUAAAGGGCCUCGCCAACAAACUGAGACAAACCUCAAAACUACAACAACACACAAAUACGUUCACAGACUAUUCAAACCCAAAUCAACAAUCUACUGACGCCAUAGAGCCUGCAGGUUCUCGACACAACUUUUGAUAUGGCUUUAAACAUUGCGUCGAUACGAGACACAAAAUGGCUGACUCUCGAAGUGUGCCGGCAGUUUCAGAGAGGGACAUGCUCGCGCAGCGACGAGGAAUGCAAAUUCGCACACCCACCCAAGAGCUGCCAGGUGGAGAACGGACGGGUGAUCGCCUGCUUCGACUCGCUGAAGGGUCGGUGUACGAGAGAGAACUGUAAGUACCUUCACCCACCAGCGCAUCUGAAGACGCAGCUGGAAAUCAACGGACGCAACAACCUCAUCCAGCAGAAGACCGCAGCAGCAAUGCUGGCCCAGCAGAUGCAGUUCAUGAUCCCUGGCACCACCAUGCAACCAGUGCCUACAUUUCCUGUCAGCCAAGGUCUGGGCUCAAGCCCUGGACUGAGUUACGCGCCGUAUCUGACUCCCAUGAGCCACGGGAUGGGUCUGGUCCCUACAGAGAUGCUCUCCAGCACCCCUGUCAUCGUCCCCGGCAGCCCGCCGGUUAGCGUGCCGAGCUCAUCCUCCACGCAGAAACUACUGCGCACAGACAAGCUCGAGGUGUGUCGCGAGUUUCAGCGGGGUAACUGCGCGCGUGGCGAGACCGACUGCCGCUUCGCCCAUCCUAGCGACAGCCCCAUGAUUGACACGAGCGACAACACGGUCACCGUGUGCAUGGACUACAUCAAGAGCCGCUGCUCGCGCGAGAAGUGCAAGUAUUUCCACCCUCCGGCACACCUGCAGGCCAAGAUCAAAGCAGCCCAGCACCAGGCCAACCAGACUGCCGUCGCAGCGCAGGCCGCCGCUGCAGCCAUGACUCAGUCGACUGCCAAAGCAAUGAAGCGACCCCUCGAGGCAUCUGUAGAUCUGGCGUUUCCCCAUGGAGUCCUGCAGCCCCUACCAAAGAGACCAGCACUAGAAAAGAGUAACGGGGCCAGUACUCUCUUCAACCCCAGUGUCUUGCACUACCAACAGGCUUUGGCCAACGCACAGCUUCAGCAGCCCACCGCUGCGUUCUUUCCCACAGGGUCAGUUCUGUGCAUGGCUCCUGCUAGCAGCAUUGAUCAUCUUGAAGUAAACCACCGAAGAGGAACGGGGUGUCAGGAAGCUGCUUUGAGAAACCCAAAAAGAUCCCCGUGUAAAUACGACCUGCCCUCCCCGUUAGAACUACAGCAACCUGCAUGCUAAAGCGUAAACACAUUAGCAACCCACUACACAAUACACACACCAUAUACCUGUUAUGCUUGGAAAAGUGACUCAACCGGUUUCUAACUUCAAAACAAAAGAUAUAAAAAAACGAAACAAGAAAAUAUAUAUGAAUAUAUAUAAAUAUAUAUAUAUAUAUGUCAAUGUACAGCACGUUUCAUAGAGGCAUAAGUGAGAUUCAUCUGAAUGAUCGGUCACCCGUCAGAUGUAAUGUGUAUUUUUCUCCCAUGGUUGUUUUAAAUGAAAAACAAAUGCACAAUGUUCACCCUGAGCGAAUGACGAGCGACGCAAGGAAACACACACAUACACACACACUAGGUUUGCACUGUCAGAAAUAGUGCUUAAUAUUAAGUGCUUGAUUGUCUUGAACGGGAGGACGUCUCCUGCAGAGUAUGUCUUAAACAUCCCCAUGCACCCUCCGGAUAGGGGAAAGAGGGGUUGCUUGAUUUUUAUUUCUUGUUUUAAUACACAACACCGAAUGUCACAUUGCGGACAAAACGAAGAUUGUCUACUGGUCAAAAUGCGCCUCCCUCCAGUUUCUCCUUCUUGGACUUGAGCUGAUCCGUCUUUGGAAACGGAAAUGAUUCGAUUAUCGCUGUUCUUCAUCCCCAACGGCCAAAGAAAGGUUUACUCUGACACGAAGUGUGAACAUAAACAGUCGGUGUCGGAAGUGCGAAUGUGGCAAACCACGUGCCAUGCAACCAUGUUUCUGUCUGCGUCUCUGCUAAAGGACUGUGUUUUACUCCUUCCUUUUUUGUUUUUAAAUGGACGGUGAAUGAUUUCGAUGUGUCCGUGGGAACACUGGCCAUCAGGGAGUCGACUCUGGCUUCUAUCCCGUGCCAAGGGCUUACAUUAAACUGGAGAGCUGCUGUAAACAAACUCGUACACACUCAUACACGAGACGGACUUCUCCAAUUUGUCUGGGGCCUGUUCGUCGUCCCAAUCACACGGUGCCCAGCGAACGGAAAACGUGAGGAGGAAGGGGGCGCGAAACGUUGCAGUAGACGAUCUCUGACGCGUCUCUCGCCGAUAAUCCUGUUUUAUUUGAUAAACAGUAGAAGUGCCUAAAAAAUAUAUUUUACACAGCAAGCAUCUUGAGAAGAUGACUUUAUGUGGGGUUGGGGGUUAUAAAAACACUCUUUGGUGUCAAAAAGCAAGUAAAGCUCCCGAAAUGAUCUUGGCCCAUUUGGACAAAAGAAAAGAGACAAGAAACACGUAGACUUAAAUGCAUUUCAUACACCACCAUGGUCUGUUUCAUUACACAACAUGGAUGUUGCUAGAAAUUGGUGCAGAACUGAAUAGGUAGAAUGUUGAUUGACAUCAGAAAUGUAAAGGAAUUUUGUCAGGACGAGCUAAAUGUCUGUAACGCGUGACGUAUGAGUUUGGUAAACGAUUGUCAUAGCGGUGUGUUCUUAAGCAGUUUGUUGUUGAGUCAGGACUGUCCGUUCUGUCGUUUUCUUACUAUAACGAAACACCUAACAGCAUCGUUUAAUUUUUAUUUGGAUGGUGUUUUUUUUUGUUGUUGUUGUUUUUGUUUUUGUUUUGUUUUUUUACCUGGAAUAGUGUUGUCAAAAAUACCGACUUGGGUACCAAAUGUGACAGCAUUUCCCCCUAGCAUCAGCGUUUUGAGCGCUGUUGAGCGGAUUCUUGAGCGGAUAGUUCACUUUAAAAUGAAAAUUACCCCAAUCUUUACUCACCCUGAAGCCAUCCUAGGUGUAUAUGAAUUUCUUCUUUCGGAUGAACACAAUCGGAGUUAUAUUAUUAAAUAUCCUGACGUGUCCAAGCUUUAUAAUGGCAGUGAGCUGGGCCAACAAGUUUGAACCUCAAGAAAGUGCAUCCAUCCAUCAUAAAUGUACUCCACACAGCUCCGGGAGAUUAAUAAAGGCCUUCUGAAGCGAAGCAAUGUGUUUGUGUAAGAAAAUUAUCCAUACUUAAGUAAAAUAUCUAGCUUCCGCCAGACCACCUUCCAUAUUCAACUUACGAAAAAGGAUUACUGACGUUGCGUCAGUUACGUUUUUUUCUUAAGUUGAAUACGGAAGGUGUAGGAUAUGGCGUAAGCAAUUUGAACUGCGAGAGGCGAUACAUUUUCUUCGGUCUGGUGGAAGCUAGAUAUUUUGCUUUGAAACUUGUUAAAUAUGGACAUUUUUUUUACACAAACGCAUCGCUUCGCUUCAGAAGACCUUUUUUUUAACCCCCCGGAGCCGUGUGGAGUACAUUUAUGAUGGAUGGAUGAACUUUCUUGAGCUUCAAACUCGUUGACCCCGUUCACUGCCAUUAUAAAGCUUGGACGCGUCAGGAUAUUUAUUAAUAUAACUCUGAUUGUGUUCAUCAGAAAGAAGGAAGUCAUAUACACCUAGGAUGGCUUGAGCGUGAGUAAAUCUUGGGGUAAUUUUCAUUUUAAAGUGAACUAAUCCUUUAAACACCUCUGAUUGGCCAUUGUGUUCAUACACUCAACAGAUAUGUCUGUGAUUGGCUACAAUGAACAACGCUUCAAAAACAUAUAGACAAAUAGACAUAUUUGAUGCUCUUACCGAGCACUUAGCCAUUCACAGACAUAUCUGUUGAGCGUAUGAACACAAUGGCCAAUCAGAGGUGUUUAAAAAUCUACUCAACAGCGCUCAAAAUGCUAGGGGGAAAUGCUGGUAUUGUCACAUUUUUAAAAUUUCAGCACCGACUUAGUGCCAAAGUCAGUACUUUUGACAACAUUAACCUGGAAUAAGUGCACACAGCCUUCUUCUCCUCCCUGAUUUCUGAUGGGCGAAGCGUGUUUGUGCAUGUCUGAAUGCAUCGGUGUGAGCGUGUGCAUGCCUGCGUUACCGAUCCAAUCAGAAACAUCAUGUCUUUUCAUGGUGCUCAAUUAACACAGACAAUCCACAAAGAGAAGUUUGGUUUCGCAGGAAUAUGGCACUGGUCUUAGCAUUUUUGUUUUUAAAAAAUUCAUGUCAUUUUUUUUUUUUUCUUUUAGGGCUUUUUUUGUGCAAAAGUUACAGUUUUAAUGUAAUUUUUGAAGUGGAAAGUGAUUUAAAUAUAUUUUAUUGUCAUUCUGUUCAUUCUUUGUUUUUGUUAAAUACUAGAACACAGAACAAUGGUGUAACCUAUUUUAAAAAUGAAUGUAAUUUAUUAAGCCAGGCUUAGCUACGUGCGGUUGUCCUUAUAGCGACGGCGGCCUCAGCCAAUCAGGAGCCGCUUCUAGAUCUCGCGUUCGGGACGUCGCAUCGCAGCGUAAGCAAGGCUGUAGAACUGCUUGUGUUAUGUAAAAAUGUUUAUUGUAUAGGUAAUGUUUUACCAAAAAAAAAAAAAAACUAAAAUAGAAAAAAAAUGUAUAAAAAAAUUCUCAGUAGUAUGAUAGUUAUUUCAUAAUAAUAUUAAGUUGUUGCUGUGGCAACCUAAAGUUGCGAAUACUAAAUUUUGGUAUUUUUGUAAAUGAUGUAAUUGUUAAGUUGAUUCUUUCUUUCGUUUGUUCUUUUAUUUUCAAUUUUUUUUUUUUUUUUUUUUUUUUUUUUCUAGAGCACUGCAAAAUGUUAGAUUGUAAAGCAGAUAUUGGAACAUUUCCUAUGUUAUGUCAAGAUUAUAUUACCAGGAGAUUUUUCGGUAGCAUUUAACGGCCUCUUUAUUGGUGUAACGUUUAAGAUAGUAGUAAAUACUCACCAGUUACAAUAGUGUGACGUAACUUAAGAAACGAUUCUAGAGUUCGUGCCCCCCCUUCCCUAUUUUUAAUUGACAAAGGAUCUCAAGUACUUGUAAAGAUCAUUUUUUAUAUUAUUUAUGAAAGUUGUCCUGGUUUGUUCAACAACUUAAAUGAGUUAACGAUUGCACUUUGAUUUCCUGUAACUGUAGGAUGUUCAUUUCAAACUGAUGCACAAUGAAUAUGGUAUGGCAACACAAAUCAAUGAUGGUUGUUUUAUUGCUUUAGUUAAACCAGAGAACUAAAUAUUCAGUAAGCAUCUUGCAUGGUAUUUUAUGUCAAAUUAAGAAGUUAUUUUCAAUUUAAUCUGAGAAAAUAAAAAGAAAUAUAUUGAAUGUUUCUAUCUACACUAUAGAGAAAAAAAAAUCUGCACAUAUGAUGAAAGUAACGGUUGUUCUUAAUUUGGGAUUUAUUACACCCCAAAUGAAAAAAAUUGACUGAUGUUGAAAAAGCACUUUGGAAUCAGUUGAUAUACUGAGCAGACACAGCGUAUCCAAACACUUUGCCUUACCUUUAGUCCAUUGUUUUUAAGCUUUUGUGUUUCAGAGCUAUUAAUAUGUACUAGGGUGUCAACAGGUCUACUGAAUUUACUUCUCACCUCCAUCUAUAUAUGAAUAUACUAUACCUAUAACUAAGACAUGUAAGAGUUUAUUAUUAUUAUUAUUAUUUCGGAGCAUUGUCACUGAGAGGCCAAAAGGUUUGACGGUGUUGAUGCUUUUCAAUGCCCUUUUCCUGUUUGCGACGAGACGCCGUGGCGUUUUCCAUGCCGCUCUCAAGAGAUUGUGGGUAUUUACGCUGUGCUGCUUGACUUCCAUCAGUGAUGCAGUAGCCCAUUGGCACACACACAUUCACAGAGAUAAUAUGAGAAGAAUAUUAUAAACCAAGCCCUCUUUGGAUAAUAUUAGUUUUCAUGUAACCAUUUUAAAUGUUUUAUUUGUGCAUAUAUAUAUUAUGUGCUAUUUUAUGUCAUAUAGUCAAAUGUUUUUGGUUCCAGAAAAAUAGUGUAAAAUCUAUUGAGACAAUAUGAAUAAAGAAAGAGAAAAAGGA